UAAUUGCCUUUCGCGGCGUGUAAUAUCAAGCUAUACGGUAUAACAUCUAUACGCGUUAACCAUCGUCGAUACAAGGUGACACACCGCAAUCGUCACCCAGGUUUCACCGGUAUUCACCGAUUGUGGGAUACUGCCAACUGGUGGAGUUCGCCGCUGCUCUGACCGCUGUUGCUCAUCGGCCAGGCCACCACCACACACAGCAGGAUAUUUCUAGUCGGUUGCCAUGUACGAGUUAGUGCUCGACCGUGUGAGCACCUGUACGUGUCGGUCCAUCGUGCUGCCAUCGUUUCCUCCCGGGGUCGGUCCAGUCGAUUUUCCUUUUUGGUCCGUUAGUGGAAUAGCACGAAGCUUAAGUGUGUCGAAUGUGAGGCAACCGACAGGAUGAGCGAAACGAGGAAGGCAAUCCGGAAACGGGAGGAGCAGCAAUCGCCCAGGCCUAGACAACAACCGAUCAGGCCACCGAGAACGAAGACGCAACAGGCUCGUGACAAUAAGGCUAUCGAUCGGCACGAGAAUCGUGUCAAGAAAGCACCGAUGACGGCCCUCGAUGAGAACGUGAACCGUGUUCCACGGGUAUACACAAACGAAAGAGAAACAGAAAAUCAAUCGGGUUGGCAAGAAAGAAUAGAACGUCUCUCGAUGAAUAGUCAGGAUAAUAAUACCUCGGACUUAGGACACCCUGUACAAAUCGUGCUUGCUCAUCCAGAUCACAGUUUUGAAUUAAACGAAGAAGCUUUAUCAAAAAUUCUCCUUGAAGAUGAUAUUAAAGAUAGGAGUGUAGUUGUUGUGUCGGUAGCGGGUGCUUUCAGAAAAGGCAAAAGCUUCCUGCUUGAUUUUUUCUUGCGAUAUAUGAACAGUAAGUAUAAUAACAACAAUCAAACGGACUCCUGGUUGGGUAAAGAAGAUGAACCAUUACGUGGAUUUUCGUGGAAAGGAGGAUCUGAAAGAGACACGACAGGCAUAUUAAUGUGGUCAAAAGUUUUCCGUGGUACUUUACCAGACGGUGAAAAUGUUGCUGUGAUUUUAAUGGAUACACAAGGUGCUUUCGAUAGUCAGUCCACCGUGAAGGAUUGUGCGACUGUGUUUGCUCUAAGUACAAUGUUGUCAUCUUUACAAAUUUAUAAUCUAUCACAAAAUAUCCAAGAGGAUGAUCUUCAGCACUUGCAACUUUUUACGGAAUAUGGUAGGCUGGCGUUACAAAACUCUGGGCGCAAACCAUUCCAAAAGUUACAGUUCUUAGUAAGAGAUUGGAGUUAUCCUUAUGAAGCGAAAUAUGGUGCAGAAGGUGGAAAAGAGAUAUUGAACAGAAGAUUAGAAAUUUCUGAUAAACAACAUCCAGAAUUGCAAAGUCUAAGAAAACACAUUAAAUCGUGUUUCUCGGAUAUAUCUUGUUUUCUCAUGCCACAUCCAGGUUUAAAUAUUGCCACUAAUCCUCAUUUUGAUGGUAGAUUAGCAGAAAUUCAACCAGAAUUUAAGGAACAACUCAAGAUAUUAAUACCGAUGUUGUUAGCUCCGGAAAAUUUAGUUACAAAGAAAAUUGAUGGACAAAUUGUAAAAGCGAGGGAUUUGUUGGAAUAUUUCAAAAGCUAUAUGAAAAUUUACAAAGGAAAUGAGCUUCCUGAACCAAAAAGUAUGUUAGUGGCAACAGCAGAAGCAAAUAAUUUAGCUGCAGUUACAGAAGCUAGAGAAUUUUAUAUGCGAUUAAUGGAAGAUAUUUGUGGAACAAAAAAACCAUAUUUAACAACACAACGUUUAGAGGAUGAGCAUGCACGUUGUAGGGAUAAAGCUAUAUACAAAUUUCAGAAUAAAAGAAAAAUGGGAGGAGAAUCAUUUAGUCAAACUUAUACAAAAAAAUUAUGUCAGGAUAUGGAUAAAGCUUUUGUUCACUUUAAAGCACAAAAUGAAAGUAAAAAUGUUUUUAAAUCGACGCGAACUGCAGGAGUAUAUUGCGCAAUUGUUGCCAUUAUGUACUUCUUAUCCUCUAUAUUUGGUUUUACUGGAUUAUAUCUACUAGCAAAUAUUUGUAACUUCAUCAUGUGCAUCUGUAUAUUAACCUUAAUGUUAUUGGCAUAUAUUAGAUACAGUGGUAAUUAUGACACAAUUGGAAUAGCAAUAGAUGAAGUGGCUAAUGUUUUAUGGAAUAAUUUAAUUAAGCCAGUCUAUCAACAAGUUGUGGAGAAGUCAGUGUCCGUAGCAGUGGCUCAAGCUGCUGAAAUGGCUACAAAUACAACAAUGAAUGCCACUGUCACUGCCAAUGGCAAGCCUAAACUAACAUGAUGUUCAUUCCCUUUGUGUCCCAAUUUCUUAAGUGCAUUAGAAAUAUACACCAAUGUAUUAAAACCAGUAAGUGACAUAACAAAAUUUAAUUGUUUUUACCAUGUAAUAUGAGGCCAUAAAUAGCUAUUUCUUUGUUAAGUCACAAGGAGGGACUGUGCGUUGAACAUAUUUAUUUAAAAUGACUGUGAAUGUAUAUACAAUAUAUUUUGAUUAUAAUUCCCUCUAGAUUGUUGAAAAACAUCACUAUUGUCUAUGAUUGAUAUUACAUUGUUAAAAAAAUAAAAUUCCACAAUUACUGGUAAAAAAUAUUGUUUGGAUAGAAGCUAUUGUUUUGGGGUUGUUAAUGUUUAUGAUCAAUUUUAAUUUUUUUUAUAUUACAAUAUAUAAAUAUAUAUACAUAUGUAUACCAUAAAAAAACAAAGUGUAAACAAGUUUUUAAAAACAGUAUACUUCUACAUUUUUUGAUAAUAUUAAAUUCACAUUUAGCUCUUUAGUUAGGAAAAUAUAUUUAAGCGCAUUUCAAGAUCACAAAAAAAAAAUAUAUUAAAAUAUUUUUGAAAAGGAAUUUUAAUAAUACACACUUUGUAUAUUUAUGCAUUAUUCUAUGUAUAUGAACUAACAUACUUAAAUUAUAUCCGUGCCAGAUUUAUUCUACAUCAGUUACUAUUGUAUUGAUUAAUUUUUUUAAUAAACUGAAGUGUAAAUACUA